AGAUAUCAAAACGUACAAACAGCAGGGAUAGAAGAGCCUCGACAAGAUCUCUAGAGCAGGAACUCUUUUACCUUGUGAUUGGAAGCGCUACAGUGCAGCUUAUGUUUUGUGGAAGCAUUUCUGAAAGGUGCACUACUUGGUAGAUGUGGGCAGGGAUACAGAUUCACUGCAACCUGUCUGUGAGGAACAUCACAAUAUCAGUGUGAAGCCAACCACAGAGCCAAAAUGACAGCUGCCACGAGACUAUUGGACGAGAUGUGCCAUCUCACGGCCCAGUCGCUGACAUCACUGGAGACCUCGGACCACUUCCAGGUGGUCAAGAUGUUAGGGGAGGGGUCGUACGGGAAGGUCAUGUUGGCUGUACAUCGGGAAAGAGGCACUCCAAUGGCCCUGAAGUUCUUUCCUCGUCAUUCCACAAAUCUCUUCUCCUUUUUGCGAGAGUAUAACCUCUCCCUCUCCUUCUGCACCCACCCGUCCCUGACCAAGGCCCUGGGCAUUGCCUUCUCCACCCCCUCACAUUACGUUUUCGCCCAGCAAGCCAGCCUCUUCGGUGAUCUAUACGACGUCAUUGUCCCUGAGGUGGGUGUGGAGGAGGACUGUGUCCAGAGGGUGGUUUCCCAGCUGUGCGGUGCCCUAACCCACCUCCACUCCCUGGGCUUCGUCCACCGCGACGUCAAGCCCGAGAACAUCUUCCUGGUCGACGCUGCCUGCCGCUGGGUCAAACUAGGCGACUUCGGCAUGGCCAAGGCCACGGGAACCAAGGUACCCGGUGUGUGGUACAGUUCUGCUUACUGUACGCCCGAAGCAGAGAUAGCAAAGGAGUCGGAGGAUAGUAGACAUAAUACUGCUUCAAAACCAGAUGGAGGAAAGGGGUUGGACAGCAAGAUCAAGCGGGUGUGGGUGUCGGUGGAGGCCAGUACAGACUGCUGGGCCUUGGGGAUCCUCACCUACGCCAUGCUGACUGGCAGUCUACCCUGGACGCAGACAGCGUCCGACGACCGCUCUUACAUCAAGUACAAAGAGUGGUUUGACCAGCAGAAAGAUCAAGAAGGUCAGGACGAUGAACUAGAUCUAUGGGGGGAAGGAAAAGACGAGGGCAUCAUGAUGAGUUUGGAUAAAGACAAGCAGAAUCGGAGCAAGAGAAAAUCCCAUCCGGUCGCCCCCCAGUUUGCCUGUUUCACCCCACUGGCCAGUUCCCUUUUCCUGUCACUACUUCACCCGCAGCCUAGGCUUCGCGGUAGGCCCGACGAUGUGCUGGGCUACCUGGGAGAAGACUGGUUGCAGGUGAAGGAGAAUAUAGAGCUGGAGGAGGAGGAGAAGAAAAUGAGAGGGUGCGAGGUCAUCUGCGACGAGAAAGAGAGGGAGGGAAGGGGAGAGGGAUAAAGGAGUGGCGACACACGAUCAUGAACUCACAAACUCAGAGGUGAAAGAGACAAUAUGUGUUGCCCUCCCAGAGGACAAUACAUAUCCUGUGAUGUGUCACAUUGUUGCUUAAAAAGACAUUGUACAGUAUAUAAUACCACUACAGUUGCACUUACGAUAAGAUAAAUAGCCAUCAGAUCAUUGUUGAUACUGGAUAGCAUUUGGAGAUAGACACAGCUGCAAUUGGCUACUUUAGGGACUUGUAAGCACUUUAAAAGUAUAAUUUCGAUGUGUUCAAUCUAGUAAAUUCUAAGUGUGACUUGAUGAUGGUGUUUCUGUAUUCUAAUGUUUGUUUUUUUUAAUAAUAUGUAAAUGUCAUCUGAAUGUCAUGUAAUUUCUUGUGGUUGGAAUUGAGUCUAAUAAACAUUUUAUUAUGAAUUAUCAUUUGGAUUAAACUCAUAACUUCACAUUU